GCUUCAAGACUGCUGCCAACCAGGAUAUUCGCACAAUAAACGUUCAUUUGCUGUUGCGAAACAGGCAGACAGAGCUGUCAGUUGAAGAAGUCGUAGGUAGACUACUUGUACAAUAAGGAAACGAAGACGUCAUGCAGCCCUCUAAAGACGUCUGUUGGUUCUUGACAAUAUGGAUGGUCCACCUUGCCCUCAUGGUUCUCACUGUUCAAGGUCAAGACUGCUCCAAACCCAUACCGUUAGAAGGGUCAAACAUGGUUUUUACAUCAACUCAAGAGACAUUUGGAGAGGGAACAACCGCACGUUUUGAGUGUUCAACUGGAUAUAUCCCUGCAGGAGGGUCUCGAUCAGUCAUCUGUACUGCUGGCGUGUGGAGUACAGUGACACUGACAUGCGAAUUAAGGCCGUGUGGCUCACCAGGAGAAGUGAUGAACGGCCGAUAUAAUCUCUCAGGGGUUCUGUUUGGCGCCAGGGCUGUUGCUUUCUGUGACACUGGCUAUAUGCUUGUGGGCAGCGGUGUAAGGAACUGUUUGGUCGACGGCUGGGAUGGCAGAGUUCCUGUAUGUGAAGUGGUGAAGUGUGGAAAGCCCCCCACCAUUGUCAACGGUGUACUUGUUAUCCCACCUGAUGAAGAGUACCACUAUAGAAGUGUUGUGGAAUAUAGCUGUGAGAAGGAAUUCACUCUGGUUGGAACUAAAUCCAUAGUCUGUGAAAAGGAUGGAGAAUUCCAGCCAGCUCCACCGGAGUGUAAAAUGGUUUCAUGUCCUGCUCCUGUUGUUGAGAAUGGCGUUAGGAUUCAAGGUCGUCUGCCCCCCUACCAGCACAAGUCUUUUGUGAUGUAUAAGUGCAACGAUGGAUAUAAGAUGAUGGGAGAGGCCAGUCUGACAUGUGAAAUAGAAGGCUGGUCAGCUUCUAUUCCCACAUGCAAAGCCCUUCCGACGACAACAAAGCCCACUACUACUACUACUACUACUACCACUACUACUACUACUACCACAACAGCUACUACCACUGCUUCAAAGAAAACCACAAACGAAGAUCGCGUACCUGGUCCCCCUGAUGCUAAAAACCACACAUGGGUCAUAUUAGGGAGUGUCCUAGGCGUACUUGUCGUUGGUUGUAUUAUAGUAUUUAUAAUCUACAAAUAUAAAGCACGCUCUCGAGUUGGAUACUCAGGAAAUGUGGCCACUAGUAACUCUGAAGACAGAGAGUUGUAGCACCCUUGGCCACGUACCAAGUCUUCUGAUUUGCUUUAGUCUCCUCUUGCAUCCUUGAGAAGGGAGUCACAGUGAACAUGCUGCUGUGAUUUAAUGCACUACCCUCCUGCUUAUGAAUGUACCAGCCCCUCCCAAACACCGGGUUCAUAUCCUUUCAAAGGAAGUUCUAUUACGUGAUUGCAGAAACCUCAUGAUGAAGAAUGAAUUGGUUCACUCUCAUUUGGAAGCUUGUGCUUAAUGAGUGGCCUAACCUGAUUGUUCCAAAACCAUUUACUUCCAGUGUACUUCACUAAUAUCUCCAUCUAAGCCUGCUUUAUCUCAUUGCCAACGUUCUUAGUUACAAUUCUCCCCUUUAGGGCAACCCUGCAUCACAAAGCCAGUUUUACACCCUUUGAAAUAAAGAAUUUGAAGGAAAUCAUAUUUAUUAAAAUGUCCAACAAGAUUCCCCUGUGUAUUUAUUUGGAUAGUGAAGCUAAAACUUGGCUCUGUACUGAAAAACAGCUUGUAUCCUAAGGCUAUCAGACUCCUGAUCAGCCAACAACCAUCUCCUGUAGUUAGAGUAGUAAGUAGUACUCCUGGAGUAAGUAAGAGACAAAAGAAAACACACAAGCUCAUACAUAGUCGUCAUACUCACGUAUAUACACAUGCAUACCAGUGGAGCCUCCUUAGAGGAGGAAGGGGAGGACCAUCCUUAGUGAAUGUAUUCUUUUUCAAAUAGAGACAUUAAAGAGGUUAUCCUCUUUAGAUAAAACUAUACUAAAUAUAUUCACACACUGUUUUGCACUGAAGGUCUACAGAAGCCCCAACAACACAAUGGUGUAGCCUGAGGACAACUGCUUUCUGUCCUCUGGGUACAUUGACUUCAGUUAUGAUAUGACGGUUUGCCUGGUUGUGAUUGAUGUCCACACGUGAAGGGAGAAGGUGAGAGGAGGAGUGUAGAUGCGAGAUAAUGAUAAUAAUCAAAGGGUUCGUGCUGUUUGUAUGUGGCGGCUAUGAAAAUGAACUGUUUGCGUGUGAUCAGGUCUAUUCAUUCCGACAAUUCUGUUUAAAACAUUCUAAGACUGAAGCAAACUGAACAAAGUGGGAUUAAACAUACCUGAAUUUGUUCAAUAUAAACUAUUUUGCAACUGUUGGACUAAUGAUCACAUCCUAGAUCAGCUAGAUGCAGGCAAGAGUGUGCAAAGCGGUAUUGAAUGUGUCAAUGUCUGUCACCUUGAUUACUCAAAUUUAUCUUGACCCGUGAGCCUACUUUGUAAACGUACAUUCAUAGGCUAGGUUGUAGCAACCUCAUGAUGGGUAUAGGGGAAAAUUGAGAAUCAUGUUGUAGCCUAAACCUAUCGCUGUCACAUUGAACUAGGUGAAUGGAAUAUGAAUUAGUCAUCCAAUAUGCUGUAAUAGAAAUAAGGACAUGCUCGCACAUAAAAUAAUAAUUCUUCCCUCAUCUUAAAUGGCACAGACCACCACAGCCAACGCUGCUGUCCCAUGUAUAUAGAGACAUUAAACACUGGACCAUUUCUUUUAUACUGUUUUUACCCUGUGUGUUCAUAUACUGUAUUCUUCUCAUUGCUCAUUCUAAUAGAUCUACUGUGCGUUGCAGUUUUGCUACACUGUUUUGCACACCGCCUGUAUUUAUCAACUGAAUUCUUGACAUAGUUCACUGUAAUACAUCUACUGCUGUACAUAUCAUUCUUAGUGUGUGUGUGUGUGUGUAUAUAUAUUGGUUUAUAUACACAGAUUGAAUUUGGAUUACUGAUUAGUGUUAUUUGGGUUGUUAACUGGAUGUCAUUUGUGAUUUCUUGUUUGAAAUUUGUUCUUAUUUGUGUACUUGCUUGACAUUUUUUUACAGCACUGUUAGGAGCCAGUAACACAAGCAUUUCGAUGUACCUGCGAUAACAUCUGCUAAACUGUAUGUGACCAAUAAACUUGGAUUUGAUCUAUCUAGUCCCCCCA